AUGGCCGAGAAGCUGAAACUCAGCCACACGGUGCUGCCGUCCGAGUCGAUGAAGGUGGUGGCUGAGUCCAUGGGCAUUGCCCAGAUCCAGGAGGACACGUGCCAGCUGCUGACGGACGAGGUCAGCUACCGCAUCAAGGAGAUUGCCCAGGACGCCUUGAAGUUCAUGCACAUGGGGAAGCGGCGGAAGCUGAGCACCAGCGACAUCGACUAUGCCUUAAAGCUGAAGAAUGUCGAGCCGCUGUACGGCUUCCACGCCCCGGAGUUCAUUCCCUUCCGCUUCGCCUCUGGCGGGGGACGGGAACUCUACUUCUACGAGGAGAACGAAGUGGAUCUGAGCGACAUCAUCCACACGCCUCUCCCCCGGCUGCCCCUGGACGUCUGUCUCAAAGCUCACUGGCUGAGCAUCGAAGGCUGCCAGCCUGCCAUCCCCGAGAACCCACCUCCAGCUCCCAAGGAGCAGCAGGAGGCUGAGGCCACAGGACCCCUGAAGUCAGCCAAGCCGGGCCAGGAGGAAGACGGGCCCCUGAAAGGCAAAGGCCCGGGGGGCGCCCCUCUGUGCCUCAAGCCCCGCAGCAUCCACGAGCUGUCCGCGGAGCAGCAGCUGUACUACAAGGAGAUCACCGAGGCCUGUGUGGGGUCGUGUGAGGCCAAGCGAGCGGAAGCUCUACAGAGCAUCGCCACCGACCCUGGGCUCGACCAGAUGCUCCCGCGGUUCAGCACCUUCAUCUCCGAGGGGGUCCGCGUGAACGUGGUACAGAGCGACCUGGCGCUGCUGAUCUACCUGAUGCGCAUGGUCAAGGCACUGAUGGACAACCCCACUCUGCACCUGGAAAACUACGUGCACGAGCUCAUCCCGGCCGUGAUGACGUGCGUCGUGAGCAGGCAGCUGUGCCCGCGGCCCGAUGUGGACAACCACUGGGCGCUGCGCGACUUUGCCGCCCGCCUGGUGGCCCAGAUCUGCAAGCACUUCGGCACCACCACCACCAACAUCCAGUCGCGCAUCACCAAGACCUUCACCAAGAGCUGGGUGGACGAGAAGACCCCGUGGACCACGCGUUACGGCUCUAUCGCAGGCCUGGCCGAGCUGGGACAUGACGUAAUCAAGACCCUCAUCCUGCCGCGGCUGCAGCAGGAGGGGGAGCGGAUCCGUGCGGUGCUCGACGGCCCGGUGCUCAGCAACAUCGACCGCAUCGGCGCCAACCACGUGCAGAGCCUCCUCCUGAAGCACUGUGCCCCGGUCUUGGCAACGCUGCGGCCCCCGCCCGACAAUCAGGACGCCUACCGCGCCGAAUUCGGGUCCCUCGGGCCCCUCCUCUGCUCACACGUGGUCAAGGCCCGGGCCCAGGCGGCGCUGCCGGUCAACAGGACCACACUGACCAUCACACAGCCACGGCCCAUGCUCACCCUCUCUCAGGCCCCCCAGACUGGCCCUCGCACCCCCGGUUUGCUCAAGGUCCCCGGCUCCAUGGCGCUGCCCCUGCAGACGCUGGUGCCGGCACGAGCUGCCGCCCCGCCGCAGCCACCCCCGCCUCCCACCAAGUUCAUCGUCACGUCCUCGUCCUCCAGUGCCUCGUCCACCCAGCAGGUCCUGUCCCUCAGCACCUCGGACCCCCGGCUCUGGCUCCACCACCACAUCCCCAGUGUGCAGCCCAUCGUGAAACUGGUCUCCACCGCCCCCUCGGCGCCCCCCAGCGUCCAGAAGUACAUCGUGGUCUCGCUGCCCACCACUGGCGAGGGCAAAGGGCCCGUCUCGCACCCGUCCCCCGCCCCGGUCUCGGCCCUAUCCCCACUGGGGGGCAGCACCCUCUGUGGGGGUAAGCAGGAGGCAGGAGAGAGCCCCCCGACAGCACCCGGGACUCCAAAGGCCAAUGGCUCCCCCCACCCGCCCGCACCUUGA